AUGGCUAAUACUGACAUUAUUCAAACAAGAGAUUUUACAAAAUUGUCUUACUUAGAAAGUCACGAUUCAGUUGUAAGUAAAGUAAAUGAAAUCAAACAAGUUAUCACUCCAAUAAAUAAUAUUUCAAAACAAGAAGAAAUUACUCACAAGAAACAUUUUUUAAAUGAAUGUGAAUCAUUACGACAAAUUCGAAUUCGUAGUCUUUCACAUUGGUUACAUGUUAUACCAAAUUCUGAAUCAAUGAUAUCUGCUGGUUGGUUUUCAUGUAAUGUUAAUGAUCGAGUUAUAUGUAUAUAUUGUAAUACAAUAUGUCAAGGAUGGACAAUAAAUGAUAAUCCAACUGAAGUUCAUAAAAGACUUGCUCCAACAUGUCCAUUUGUUCUUUCAAUGUCUUCAAUAGAAAAUUCACCAAAAGUUAUCAAUGAUAGUUUUAAUGAAAAAUUUGAACCAUAUCAUCCAAAGAUGGCUGAAAUAUCUCGUCGUGAAGCAACAUUUUUAAAAACUAAUUUGACUGAUAAUUUACCAAAUAUUGAAAAUUUAAUUCGUGCUGGAUUCUUUUUUGCUGGUAUUGAAAAUAUAGUAACAUGUUUUUAUUGUAAUGGAUCAUUACAUCAAUGGAGUUCAAAUGAUAAUCCAAUGAUUGAACAUGCACGAUGGUUUCCUCAAUGUACUUAUGCUAAACAUUUAUGUGGUGAUGAAUUAUAUAAAAAAAUUCAAGCUACAAAAAAAAGACUUCCAAAAGAAAAUGAAAUUCAUCAAAAUGAACUUAGUAAAUUAGUUUCAGCAAGACUUGAUUUACCUAUUGUUGAACGUCUUCGUUCUCAAUAUCCAAUAACAGUAAUUAAACGUUGUAUUGAAGAUCAAUUGAGAAUAAAACAAGAUGAUUUUGUAUCUGAUCUUGAUUUAUCAACAGCUUGUCUUAUUCUUCAAAAACAAAUCGAUCAUAUUAAAGGUUGUCAAGAUAAAAUAAUAGUUCCAUCAAAACAUCAACAAUUACAAAUAUCAUCUUUAUCAUCAAAACAAUCAUUGGGUGAAUGUUUAAUAUGCCUUACUGAAGAAAAACAAUUAGCUUGUAUACCUUGUGGACAUUUAUGUGCUUGUGUUCCUUGUGGAUAUGCACUUAAGUCAUGUCCUAUUUGUCGACAAAAAAUUCAAAGUUUUAUGAGAAUUAACAAUUAA